CGGGGAAGAAGAGCCUUGUGGGUGAGGAUGUGUCCAGAGCAAGCUGAAGUCUGCAUCCCUCUGCUGUUUCCCAAUGAAAACUGAGCCAUCGUUCCAUCGUGCUCUGUGUGGGAUAGCAGAUUGAGAUUAAAAGUCAAGGAGUCUUGGAGCUGGGGGGCUUUAGGGCUUGCUCUUGGCUCUUUCAUUAGUGAUGGAUGUGGCAGGAGAAAUGGGCCAUCAAGUUGAAGAUAGAGGAGACUCCGUCUGAACAGUCAUGGCGCCUUUGGAGGACCAUGACAUGAAGUCCUGGUGUGAGACUGCUGCCAUCUUCCACUCAUUCUCCUUUCAGUCCUUCAGAUCGAGGCAUCGACACCAGCUCUGACCAUGUGGACGGCAGAUGAGAUUGCUCAGCUGUGCUAUGAGCACUAUGGGGUCAGGCUGCCCAAGCAGGGGAAGCCUGAGCCAGAUCGCGAGUGGACUUUAUUGGCAGCCAUCGUGAAGAUACAGUGUCCACCCGCGAAGCCAGGGCCAGUGACAAAGGAAGUUGUCUCGAUGGGAACAGGAACAAAGUGCAUAGGCCAGUCCAAAAUGAGGAGGAGCGGAGACAUUCUCAACGAUAGCCAUGCAGAAAUCAUAGCCAGGAGAGGUUUCCAGAGGUACCUUCUCCAUCAGCUCCAGUUGGCAGCCACUAUGAAAGAGAGGAGUAUCUUUGUCCCAGGAACUCAAAAAGGACUCUGGAAGCUCAGACCAGACCACUUUUUUGUGUUUUUCUCCAGCCACACACCCUGCGGGGAUGCCUCCAUCAUUCCAAUGCUUGAGUUUGAAGAACAGCCCUGUUGCCCUGUCGACAGGGGUUGGACUGACAGCUACUCAGGCGAAGCCGCUGUUCACCUGGAAGCUCCUGGAAAUAAAAGGACGUGUGACAGCUCUGUCAACCCUGCAAACAAAAAGAUGAGGCUUGAGCCUGGUACCCCCGUCCAGGAGGUAGCCAAUGGAGCAGCUCACCAUGGGAAGCCCAUCCCACCAGAUGCCCGUAGCUGUGCUGUGGAGAUACCGACUGCAGUCACCCGAAUAGACCUCAGUGGUGCCAAAGUGGUAGAUGUUUACAGAACCGGAGCCAAGUGUGUGCCUGGAGAAGCCGAGGACCCAAGGAGACCUGGUGCUGCGUACCACCAAGUGGGGCUGCUCCGAGUGAAGCCAGGCCGCGGUGACAGGACUUGCUCCAUGUCUUGCAGUGACAAGGUGGCCCGAUGGAAUGUCCUUGGGUGCCAAGGUGCCCUGUUGAUGCAUUUCCUGGAAGAGCCCAUCUACCUGUCAGCUGUGGUCAUUGGGAAAUGCCCAUACAGCCAGGAAGCCAUGGAGAGAGCGCUGGUGGGGAGGUGUCAGAAUGUUUCAACUCUACCCAAAGGCUUUGCAGUUCAACAGCCAAACAUACAGCAGUCAGAUUUGCAGUUUGAACAGAGCCGCUGCGCAGUACAGGCAAGGAAAGGUGACAGUCCAGGCCGACUUGUUCCCUGUGGGGCAGCCAUCAGCUGGAGCGCAGUUCCUGAACAGCCAUUAGAUGUUACUGCCAAUGGCUUUCCCCAGGGAACUACAAAGAAGAAAAUUGGAAGCCUUCAAGCCAGAUCCCGAAUCAGCAAAGUGGAACUCUUCAGAUCAUUCCAAAAGCUACUCAGCAGCAUGGCAGAGGACAAGUGGCCAGACUCCCUCAGGGGGCAGAAGCUGGAGACCUACCAGGAGUACAAGGAGGCAGCAGCCGCUUACCAGGAAGCCUGGAGCACACUCCGAAAGCAGGCCUUUGGAUCCUGGAUCAGAAACCCACCGGACUAUCACCAGUUUAAAUGAGAAGAAGUUGUCGGAAGGCUUGCGGGAAGCAAGGCCCUUGAGCUGCCUCCUUCCUUCAUAGCAAGCAUACCCCAGCUUUUCUGGUGACUGACUCAGGAAAGCAGGGUUUGGGGAGAAGCCUUUUGCUGGAGCACUGUGCCUCAGGUGUGGUACAGAUGGACUCCAGAAUAGAGAGAAUGUCCUCAGCUGAUGUAACUCUGCACAAGUGGCAGUUCAGCAAUGACUUCAGCAUCUGACUUGAAGUCCGGCUCACUGGACCUGGCUGAUACCAUUCUUGCUCUCUCAGGGAAGAGCUC